UUGUGACGGUGAGAGCUUCCUGUCCUGCAGCACCUCCAAAGGUCUGGGCCAGGACAGGCUGUCCUCCCACUCUGCUUCUUCCCUGGACGGACUGGCCUGCUCCGGUCCAGGACACCAGGGGAACCAUGCCGACCCAGGAAACGAGGGUCUGUGCGGUGCAGCAGGAUCUCAGGGGGGAAGCGUCAGCAGCAUGCGUGUGUCCAGUUCCACCAGCAGCCUGGCGUCCAGCAGCAGCUUAUCAGACAGCGGCAAGCUGGGACCUGACGUCCGCUCCAAGAUCCCUGACAAAACCAAGCACAGCCAGCAGGCCAGCUCCGCUGCCGAGUACAAACCCAGACCUUUCAUGGGCAUCAUUGACAAGACAGCCCGCUUUCAGCAGCAGAUUCAGCAGCAGCAUCCAAGCCUUCAGUCUGCUAGUCGCAGCUGGCUGAGCCACUCCUCCGACGGCUUGGUGUGCCACAACGUGUCAGCGAUGGGCCUCCAGCCAAUGGACGGCAAAUCAGCCAGCGCUUACCAGGACCAGCACAAACCUCCACUGCCGCAGGGUGGCAUGGCAGUGAACAGCUUACACAAUGGCAUGCAUGCCAAGGAACUUGCAGAAAAGUUCUGCCAGUCGGCCAACUGUUACAAAGAGUCCAAGCCGGCGCUGGCCAUGUCGCACACUUUUAUCGAUGGCAAGUCCAAGCCRCCUGGCCUGGUCCGAGAUAAUCCUGCCAUUCACGUAGCUUCAAUGAAACCAAAGCGAUCCUUUAUAGAGUCGAAUGUGUAGAGAUGUUUAAUCUCUCGUCCCGUCCACAACGCACAGUCUCUAGCAAAAAAAAAAGUGAGAUUUAAUUUUCUUUUGUAAAAACUGGCCCCAAACUCAUUCCAGUCUCACUUUGAAGCCUUGUAAGAAGUAAAGUAGUGAGCUGUUUGUAUUCACAAACACUAAGCACACUAGUCCAGAUUUUACUCGUSCCGAUCUGCCGCAGCUUCUGUUACACGACAACAUGUCCGCAGUCGUUCAGCCAAGCUGGAAACGUUUGCACUGAUGGAGCUCUGCUGUCAAACCCGGUCAACUACACGACGACGGCGAGCACUUUACACGCAGUUAGGUCAUGUGAGUGCUUAACACGUCGUUUUAGUGUAAAGUCAUUACAGAAGAGUUUGAACUGUGUUUUAUGGUGCUGCACGUGGAGAAAUUCAGACCCCUUCACUGUUUGAACACUGUUGUACAUUUUGUUUUCCAUUAAUGAAAGCAGUUCAUGCGUAGAAGAGUUCAAACCCAUCCAUGCUGCUUAAUUUAUCAGUUUAAAGUUAAAUUUCCUACAGCAUUGGUGCUGAAAGUGAAGGGGUCCGAGUGAAAGUUUGAGUGGAAGGGAUGGUCAUUCCUGUGAUUUAUGAAGGACGUUUUAGAUCCUCAUGUGUAUAUUCUAUAAAUAUGUACUUCUUUUCCAGUGAAGGUCUGUUAAGUGUACUGACUUGUGUAUUUUGAGUUUAAGGCACAAUGUUGAAAUGGUGUUAAACAUAUUUGUACAUGAUAUAAAAAUAACCGUUAAUUUCUUUAUCUGCUUGUUGUUGCCGUCUAGUUAAUUUAUUCACAGUGCCAAUGGCUUGGUCUAUUGUAAAAGCAAUAUAUUUUAUAUAGUUAUUUUUGCACAGCUAAGACAUUUUAUGAUUCUCAGUAAUAUUGAGAUUUCAGUGCAUGCUACGAUUGCAGUUUAUAUUCCAGAGUAACAAAAGCAGAUGUUCAGGGGCUCAGUGCCAUCCGCUUGAUUAUUUUAUGAUCUACGUUAAAUGCAAUUGUUGCCAUGUUUUCAGUAUUGUGAGCUUUCUAGCUGUGAUACUGUAAUUGAACAUUAUGGCCAUUAUCAUGGGAGAGCAAAAUAAAGACCCACUGAGAAAAA